AUGAACUUCCUUCGUCGCAGUCGCAAGACUGAAACAAGUACUGCUCCUGGUGCAACUACCUACGAGAAGCACCACACUCGCACCAAGAGUAACAAGGCGGGCUUCGACGUCAAUUCUGGCAACUUCAAUCGCCGGCCAAGCUUUGGACAAUGGAUCAAGAUGACGUGGUUGGACAUUCUCACCAUGGCUGCCAUGGGCGCAGUCGGCCUGGGCAUCUACAACGCUGAUCCAGCACCAUCCCGAUCUUUUCCAAUCACCUUCAGAGACGGCGAGAUUGUCUACCCCGAGUUUGCGUACCCUCUACGAACUGAGAUCGUGCCAAUCUGGGAGGCUGCCUUGCUUGCCUCGUUGAUCCCCAUUGCAGUCUUUCUCUUGAUGCAAAUUAGGAUCCGAUCGUUCUGGGAUGUCAACAAUGCUAUUAUCGGCCUCCUGUACUCCUUGAUCACAGCCGCAGUCUUCCAGGUAUUUAUCAAAUGGCUUAUUGGAGGACUUCGACCACACUUCCUCUAUGUCUGCGCCCCAGACCUAACACGAGUUCAAGCAGCUGGCGGGGAGUAUCUCGGUCAAGGGUUUGGCAGGAUCAUGUUCCAAAGAGAUAUUUGUACAGGGGACAGAGCGCAGAUCAACGACAGCUUAGAGUCCAUGCCCAGUGGUCACAGCACAGCUGCAUGGGCUGGAUUCUUGUACCUCUACUACUACCUCAACGCGAAGCUGAAGGUCUUCUCCAAUUACCACCCAGACUGGGUUCAAUAG